CUGGCCGUUACAACUGGUUUUCCUUCCGUCCAGGAAAGAUCAGUCAGAAGCAUCAGUUGUGUUCUAGACUAUACAUAGACUUCAAGAGCCCUGAGGAUGUCUUGGAGUUUGCUGAAUUCAUUAAUGGGCAUGUGUUUGUUAAGGAGAAAGGGGGCCAGUUUAAAACCAUUGUUGAGUAUGCACCUUCCGAACGAGUUCCAAAGAACUGCUACAAAAACGAUGGUCUGGAAGGGACAAUAUUCAAAGGGUGUUUCAGUAGGUCCUUUUUGUACAAUUGGUUCUUCUGCAAAGCUAGGGAAUAGAUGUCGAUUGCAUCCUUCGAACCAUGUUUUCAAAAAUACAGAAUUGGGGAACCACUGCAUUUCUAUGACGUGGAUUUGCGGAGGCGGAGCAUGGGGAAGUGAAUUUUCCGUUGAUAAGUACUGUGAUUGUUGAGAAGAUUUGCCAAUAUUUUUAUUGGUCUCUUCAAUAUUCCUGGUUUGGGUUUUGUUUGUUCUUGUUUUUUCUUUUAGUUUUAUAAGCUUCUAUCAAUGUCUGUUUUGGUGCAUUUGGAAAGAAUUCCAUGAAUUGUAGCUCUACGAGGUAUGUUGAUAAACUAUAUGCGAGUUAAUCCCAAUUGGCUGCUGUUUAUUUCUUAAUUUUUUAUCUGAAUUGGCAACAAUUCUAGGAUCAUAAAAUCUGGGCAAAUUUUAUGUCUGGUGAUUGGUUUCUGAACAUGGAAAAUUGUUUAUGUUUGAUGUUGAAUAUGGCUGACCACUUUCUUGCAUAUAUUACAAUGAGAGAUUUACAGUUUAUAGAUGUGGUUUGAAAGUUGAUUAACUUCUGGUCUUUCAGAGAAAGUUGUUUUGAUUUCUCAAUGUCUGGAGAUUGGUUAAAUCAUGCUUGUGUCAUGCUUUUCAAUGGACCAUAAUUACAUCGUCAAACUGAAGUUUUUCUUGUGAAGAAAGGAGGGUUGUUGAAAAUUGCCUAGCUACCUCAGUUUACCUUUGCUGCUUAUAAAUCUACUUUUGCUUGUCUAAAGGUGAUUGGCUGCUUGCUACUUUUAACAAGCUUUAGUUUCAGUUUUGCAUUUGUCAAUGUCAUUCCGGUGGGAACAGUUUUCCCAAUGGGGAUCAUUUAAACUCGAAGGGGAGUAAAUAAGUAAUAUGGUUUUUGUUUUAGAAUCUCUACAUUGAAUUAUGGAUGAAAAUAACUGAGAUGAAUAUCGUUGAAAGGAAUUUCAAGUUACUCAACUUCAUAUGGUGAACUAUGUUACUUGAGCUUAGCUGCGACAAAGGUAUGUUACGUUUUUUUUUUCAAGGCUUCCCAUUUACUUAGAGGGUCAUAUCAUCACACUCAUGUCCAGUAUGCUCCAGGAAUCAGUACUUCAAGCAAAAUGAGAGUAAUAUAUGGUGAAUGUCCUUGGGUCCAAGUUCAUGAUAUUUCAUAUUCUUCUUGACUCGAUUUAUGAUGUUUUUCUCUUCUUAUCUGCUGCUGCCAUUACAAAAGUGGCUGUCUCUCUUUCCCAGUUUUCCUCAACGGUCGCGGUGCUUGUCUUUUCGGUUUUCUAUGUCUGAAACAGUGUUGCGUUUUGAAUGGAUUUGAAUAUCAUUCUCACUCAACAUAUUAAUGUACCGUUUCUGUUUUUCGAUUUCAGAUUGAUGAAAAUGUUCAAAGGGAAAUCAUUAACCACCGAUCUUUAAGACAUCCAAACAUAAUCAGGUUUAAAGAGGUUUUGGUGACUCCAACACAUUUAGCUAUUGUUAUGGAGUAUGCUUCCGAAGGUGAACUCUUUGAGAGAAUAUGCAGCGCUGGUCGAUUUAGCGAAGACGAUCAAAUUUUUCACAGGGAUCUGAAACUAGAAAACACACUCCUGGAUGGAAGUCUGACACCACGACUUAAAAUAUGUGACUUCGGAUACUCCAAGUCCGCAGUGCUGCAUUCACAACCAAAAUCAACUCAUGGAACACCAGCGUAUAUUGCCCCCGAAGUCCUAUCACGAAAGGAAUACGACGGGAAGAGAAUAAUGAGUGUUCAAUACAAUAUACCCGACUAUGUACGGGUGUUUGUGGAUUGCCGACAUCUUCUUUCCCAUAUCUUCGUUGCCAAUCCUGCCAAGGUCAUCUGUGUGCGUAUGCCGUCUGGUGAAUGGGUCCUAACAUCUGCCUAUGAUGGAACUGUUAAGAUGUGGGAUGUUUGGACUGACACUUGUGUGGAGACAGUCGGUCGCUGUUCUAGUGCAGCUCUAUGCUUGGAGUAUGAUGACUCCAGUGGGAUCUUGGCUGCUGUUGGCAGAGACGCGUAUUUCUAAGUCACUUGCAAUUUGCCUGUUCGAUAUGGUUUGUCUCCUUGAAGACUGAUGGAUCCUUUGCAUUGUCAGGGUAGCAAAUAUUGGGACAUCCGUGCCGACCUUGGAAGGAACAGUGAGUUCACGAGUCAGUUAUGCAUGUCUAUGAGAAUGGCUGGAGACACUCUGAUUACGGGAAGCGAUGAUUGGACUGCUAGAGUUUGGACGGUUUCCCGGGGAACAUGUAACGUUGUUCUUGCCUGUCAUGCCGGCCCACUACUCUGUGUUGAGUAUUUAGCAUCAGAUAGAGGAAUAAUAAUUGGUUGGCCCUGAAUCUAUUUAUUUUUGUAAAUGUUAAUGAAAUUUAGCAACAAUUUUAUGCCUGGCGCUGGAGAAUGAAUAGAAUAGAAUAGAAUAUAUCAGUAAUACUUUCAAUGGACUGCUCCGAUUUUGGGAAAA